GUCAAGGUGGAACCUCCCUUCGCGGUGGUCCGCGUGGGUGACCCACUCCACUUCCGCUGCUCCGUGCAGUUGGAGGUUAGAAACAUUGAGCUCCGCUGGACCCAUCUCGCCCCUACAGAGUCGUUGUGGGUGAAACACCCAAAUGAGUACCACAUCAUGUCGCCGUCUCUUCACGAGCUCAAAGGUGCCGUGAGCCUGGACCGAGCAGCGCGUGAGAACGCGGGGAGUGUGCUGUGCCAGGGGAAAGACCGCAGGGAUGGAGGCCUCUCCGUCAACGUCGCGGCCAAUGUCACCGUGCUGGACCGCGGAGUGUUGGAGCUGUCCCUGCUGAAUCCGCCUGGACCCAGCGUCUUGGUGGCGCGCGGCGACUCCCUGAAGCUGAGCGUGGGGGUGCUCUCGGUUCCUCCACUCAGCAACUGCAGCUGGCUGCACAACGGCGUCUCGGUCAUCAACGCGUCGACCUCACGGGCCUGCGAGGACACUACCCGCGGACACUGGUGUAAGUGCACGCUUUCGCUGCGUCGCAUUGUCCCCGUGGAGAGUGGCAGCUACUCCAUGGUGGCGCACAACGGGGACGCGCACGCGGUCAUCAGCGUCAACGUGAGCAUAGCGAGCGAGCCACCCAGAGUCGCUCACCAGGCCCAGAGGAGCGGUGCCCAACAAGGGAACCACGUGGUGCCGGCGCUGGGCGCUGCCACCCUGGCCAUGACAUUCAUCGCGGGGUACCUGUUCUACAGGUACAAGCAGAAGCCGCACUACGAGGUUCAGUGGAAAAUCAUCGACUCCGUGGACCACGACACGAACGAGUACAUCUACAUCGACCCCGGCAAGCUGACCUACGACCUCCACCACUGGGAGGUGGACAGAGCCACACUCGACCUGGGGGAGACGCUGGGCACGGGAGCCUUCGGCGAGGUGGUGGCGGCCACGGCCCACGGCCUCCACGGGCAGCAGGGCGCCACCACGUGCGUCGCCGUCAAGCGGCUCAAGAAGAGUGCCCGUGCCGUGGAGCGCGAGGCUCUGCGCAUGGAGCUCAAGGUUCUGUGUCACGUGGGGCAGCAUCCGAACAUCGUGAACCUGCUGGGAGCCUGCACCGAGCGCGAGCCCGUGCUGCUCAUCACCGAGUACUGCUGCCACGGCGACCUCCUGACCUUCCUCCGGGCACACAGCCCCAAGGGGUCCCCCAAGCCGGGGCUCGCACCCCAACACUCCGUCUACGGGAACCUGGUGGAACCAGGAGGCUCGGAGGAGAUCCUGCAGCCCCGGGAGUUGCUCUCCCUGUGCCACCAGGUGGCGGGCGGCAUGGCCUUCCUCUCCUCCAAAAAGUGCCUGCACCGCGACGUGGCGGCUCGGAACGUGCUGCUGGCUGAGGGCUUCCUCGCCAAGAUCUGCGACUUUGGGCUGGCCCGAGACGUGACGCGAGACCCCAACUACAUCCAGCGCGGCAACGCCCGGCUGCCCGUGAAGUGGAUGGCCCCAGAGAGCGUGUUCGACUGCGUGUUCUCGCUCAAGAGCGACGUGUGGUCCUAUGGAGUCCUCGUCUGGGAGGUCUACUCCUACGGUGAGAGCCCCUACCCUCACCUGGAAGUGGACGACACGUUCUUCCGUCUCCUCCAGGAUGGGUAUCGCAUGGAGGUGCCCAAGGCCUGCCCCCCAGCCAUGUAUGAGCUGAUGCUCCUGUGUUGGGACACGAGCCCCGCCGUCCGCCCGGCCUUCCGUGACAUCGAGGCUCUGCUUGCUCACAUGAUGCCGCCGCGCAGCGACGAGAUGGGUCCCAUGGGUCUCAAGUCGGUAGAGAAUCUGAUUGACUACGGGCUACCAGGCAGAGUGGAGAAUUCGUUCGCCCAGGUGGAGCGUACGGAGAGUCCCUUCGUCAACGUUGAACGGGUUUAAUGCAGAGGAGCGUUCGCCCGUCAUCAAAACCAUCAUGAAUGCUUUAAUACUCGCCGCUGAUGAUGUGUUACUAUUCAUGGCGAAUUAGUCAUCGCAAGGGAUUAAUUGCAUCGACUCGGAAAAAUCAGUGAUUUAGAAAACGUUUUCGCAACCGGCACACCGCAUCGAGUAUACUUGCCACUACGGCUGUGUCCAAUGGUCGUGGCCGACUCCUGUGGCGCAGAAAACAUUCAAUUUGGAACCAAGCCUCGUGGAAUAUAAUUGAGUUACUACUGAUUAGUCACGAAUAGUCUUAUUACGCAUUUAGAAUCACUGAUUACUAUGCAGUACUCAUUAUUAAUCGACAACAACGUAUUACUAAUCACUCAAUAAUAAUUAUAAUUAUUACUAAUCAGGUAUAUUAUAUUGCAUUACUAAUUUAAUAAUAAUCAUACUUAGAAUGUACAACCUUUGUCAGUCUACUGUUGAACGAAACUUCCCUAUGCAGUUUCAGUAAUGGGGGGGUGGUUUAACCAUACUUCACCGCACUGGUCAGUGUGGGUUGGUGAAGAGAGCACCCAGGACGGGUUCAGAUGUCGCUCACCACUGUCAGUCGUGAUUGGGAAGCUAACUGAGGCACAGGGUCCGCAGUGCGGUGCACGAACUGCGAGACCACCACCCCACUCCAUGACACCUUCACCGAAGUUACAAAGGUGGCCACCGCAUCGCGCGCUUUCAGAUGUUCUUUUGCGGCCGUCUGGAACGCUCUCUCUUCUGUUAUUCGGAAAGCCACUUGAGCUAUGCACUUUUGAAUAAUCUAGAUUGAAAACUCAUUUGUUUAAAACAGAUGUUUUUUUUAUUUAGUUUGUUGUUCAUCCCCCACACUUCCGAUGAGCAUGUUUGGCUAAGUACGGUGCGAAAGAAGUUCAACAUACAUACACGAUUCGCGCAACGAGACAGAAACGAUGAGCGGAGUCUGGCAAGAAGAUACGCUCCCGCCAAGGGGACACUUGCAGACAUCUGCUGAAAAUUUUAUGGCAGAUUUAAAGGCAUAAACGUAACUGUACAACGCAUUAACCAUCUCGGAUUUGUUGAUGACAUAGUCAUCAUGACAAAUAAUUACCCAUAACUACAGCAAAUCAAUGUAGACUUUAAGGAAGAAGAAAAUAAAGACGCAAACAGGAGGAGCCUGGCGUGCUUUUGGAGAAGCGCAUUUGAUGAUGAGAAGCAGCAGCGCAACGCACCCGAGGCAGGAGGUUUUCAAUCAUCGCAAACAGCCCGCUAUGAGGUGCGUGCGAAAAAACAUAGACCCCAGCAAAGAAAAUAGAACGAAGAGCCGAAAAGUGUGCCGAGAGACACGGAGAGACGCAUGCCUCGAAUUACACAGAGAGACGGGAGGAGGAGGAGGACAUGGAUGAGGGAACGACCACGAAAUCGACUGUUUGGGAAAAUGAGAUUGUGGUCAGUCCACAUCCCUAGAAGAGAUGAUGGCUGAUGGAUGAGAACGGUGACGUAACACGGUAGCCAUCGGAGGGCAUGCGUCAGAGAGUUUUCCCAUUAUGGAGAUGGAGCGGUGAGAUCCGCAUGUGUGCAGGACUGGGGUGGAGUGUGGCAUAGCAGGGCCGUGUGGGAUGGAGACGGCAUAAGGAGGCCUAUGGCUGCUGCAGAUUGAUGAAUCAUUACGAAGCAUGCCCAUGAUCGUAACGAGCUCGUUACUCGCUCUGUUUGAGUGGGGCCUGCAGUCCGCCUUGGCGUCUUCAUGUUCGUGACAGUCUCCUGCAGAGACGCGAGUCGGGAUGAUCCUUAGUUGGACUUUCUGUCUCUCGUUCAUUUCCUUCAACCGAGGGCAGCCGUGUCUUGUUCACGGUAGACUUGGGCACACAAGAAACAAAGUGACACUUCACACACACACUCGGCAACGCAAAACUUAAUUCGGGAAAACGCGGGUUCUAGGGGCAUACAUUGAAUAUUGGAGUUGAUUAAACUCGAGCAAACAUAAUAAUUGGAAAACAAAUGGCAGCGAGAACUAAGCCUUGAGGAAUGCCCUCGGUCGAUCGGAGACAAGUCCCAAGAAUUGUUUCGCCAGAUCCUGUAAAUCGGGCUCUGCCCUCUCCACCAAACGAUCGGCGCUCCAGAAGACCGCGGCGAGUCGCCCGUGGAACUGUUGACGAUGCCACGACUUAGAUGAUGUGUGAUAUUGGGGGUUGCCUGCGGGUCCUGAAAGCCAGAUCACCAGCACUCGCCGCUGAUGCGACGUGCCGAUGAUGAGCGCAAGGCGUGGGCAUGGUGCAGUGUCAGCAGUGCAGCUGCCAAUACAGAACUCAUACUCACCAUUGGAACCUCAUUUGCCAGUAAAAAAUAUGAUAAUUGUUUUUUUUACCCUUCUAUCUGGCAACAAAACUGACACCUUUUUUACAAGGAGUCAUGUUUGCAUAGACCACAA